GUAAAGUGACGUAAUACGUUUCCAUCCUACGUGAACUACGUAAUUUCUCAGCGGUUUCAUUGACCGAGCCUUAGCAACCGUUAUGAGUCCGUAGCAACGGUGAAGACGACAUGGAAGAAGUUCUUCUGUGUUUUGUUGACGAAACUAGCAUCGAGCUAUUAAUGUUAGUUAAUAGAUAGAUUUUGUUAGUUUAAAGCAGACAUUUAAAAUAAUAAAAUAAUAAAAUGGGAGACAAAAAGUCACAAACUCGCCCCAAACGAGUCUUUGUCAACGACGUGGACAGAUAUUCAUCCAAACACAUCGCCAAGUUCUUGUCAACCUACGUAGCUGAAGAGGAAGGAGAAGCAGACACGUUGCCCUCACCUGGAGGACAACCUGUUUUCCAUGUGGUGGGAACUGUGUCUUCUUCCCCCAAAGACGAAAAAACAAGCUUCCUGCGGGAGAAGUACACGUCACCGAGCAGAGAGGAACUCUUUCCACACCUUCUGGAGUGUGAUGCGGUGGUGUACAACAUCUCAGAAAGUACCGCACAACAGGAGGUCGAAGAGGCGACGUGGGCAUUUACAGCCCUUCACGCUGAGAUGGAGAACUUCAAGUCUCGCAAAAUGUUCAUCUUAGUCUCCACCGUCAUGACGUGGGCCGUGACCCAGCCUCAGAAUCCGGAUGAGACGGACGCUCUGCUGACAGAGGAAGAGUUCAGGAGGAGACGGCCUCACCCCAGCUUCAGAAACCACAACAAUCUGGAAAAGCUUGUGCUCAAAUUAACUCGAGGAAAAAAGUCCAAACUCGCAGGUUACGUUGUAGCUGCUGGUCUUCAGUACGGAAAGGGCGAGAACCUCUUUCAUUACUUUUUCAAGGUGUCUUGGUUGAUGGAGAGUCCAGAAGUUCCCAUAUUUGGGGAUGGCACAAAUCACAUACCCAUGAUUCACAUCUAUGACCUUGGAGGAGUGAUCCAGAGUAUCAUUGAACUCAAGCCAAAGUUAAAGUACAUACUUGCUGUUGAUGAGUCUAAAAACACUUUAGAGGACAUCGUGAAGAUGAUAAGUGAUGUGCUUGGACCAGAGAAAACUAACAAACUCUCAGUGCAGGAUGCCAUCACUACGAAGGCUUUUCAGCCAGAGGAACUGGAGUUCCUAAAAAUCAACCUCCGCAUGGAUGCUUUUUAUAUAAAACACUCCUUCAACGUUCACUGGACGUCUGAAGGUGGGAUGGUUGAAAACAUGGAAAACAUUGUGGAGGAAUACAAGAACACCAGGCAGCUGCUUCCAGUUCGAAUCUUGCUGGUUGGACCUCCAGCUGUGGGGAAAACCACAGUUGCAGAGAAACUCUGUCAUCAUUACCAAAUACACCACAUCAAGAUCAAGGAGAUCAUUGAAGAGAAGUUCAGACAACUGGAGGCGAUGGUGAAUGACACUGACCCUGAGAAUGACAGUGACGUAGCUGCUGCUGCUCAGAAACAACUGGAAGAUUUUAACAAAAGCAAGGAAGCGAAUGAAGGUCGCCUGGAUGAGCAGCUGGUUUUUGAGAUUUUGCAAGAAAAACUAAACUCCAAACAAUGCAAGAACCAAGGAUUUGUAAUCGAUGGCUUCCCCAAGACCUAUGAGCAGGCUAAGGCGAUUUUCAGUGACGAGGAUACGGAGAACCAGGAUAUGGAGUUUACGGGGAAAGCACCUGCAUGCAACAAGAAGAUCACUCCAGAGCAUGUUUUUGCCCUGGAUGCAUCCGAUGACUUCCUGACAAACCGAGUCCUAGGACUUCCAGAAAGCGUGGCAGAGAAGAUGCGCUACACCCAGGAUGAAUUCCUAGCUCGUCUGAUGCGAUACAGACAACUCAGCAGGGCGGAGGAAACGCUGCUGGACUACUUCGACGAGCUGGAGAUUCAGCCACAACACAUCGUUGUCACCGCAGAUGAUCCAGAGUACACACAUGUUUUGAGGAGGAUCACAGAGAUGGUUGGAGUCCCCAAGAACUAUGGCCUGAGUCCGGAGGAGCAGGAGGAGGAGGACAGGAGGAAAGAGGAGGAGAGGAGGCAGAAGUUGGCUGCGGAGGUGGCCGAGAGGAAGCGGAGGAACGAGGCCGCUCUGGCUGAGAUGGCCGCUCAGUACGAGGAGUGGCACAAGAACCUGUCGGAGGUGAGGCGACAGGAGCACGAGCUGGUGGAAGCUCAUUCUCUUCCUCUGAGGAGCUACCUGAUGAAGUACGUGAUGCCCUCGCUCACUGAAGCCAUGGUGGAGUGCUGCAGGAUCAAACCAGACGACCCCGUCGACUUCUUGGCUGAAUAUCUUUUACGGAACAAUCGAGAGGACCAUUGAGGAUGUGAACUAACCUCCGUGCUCAGCUUCGGUUUCUACUGCAGAAAGAUUUGUCACAAGCUCAUAAUAAAUAUGAAAAGAUGGAGAUAAGAUUGAUUAGAUUCACACAACCGAUUCUAGUUCUAGGCAAUGCACAAAAACACAAUAAAGGCUGAAGUAAUGGUCACAUAUUCACUCACCGGCCACUUUAUUAGGUACACCUUACAUUCUUCUCCAUUCUGAUGCUCAGUUUGAACUUCAACAAUUGUCUUGAUCACCUCUGCAUGAAUAAAUGCAUUGAAUUGCAGCCAUGUGAUUGGCUGGUUAGCUAUUUGUGUUAACAAGCAAUCGAACAGGUGUUCCUAAUAAAGUGGCAAGACAUAAGAGAGAAUCAACAUAAAGAGAUAUUUUAUUUAUUUCUCAAAACACAGAGUCUCACUCUCGGGGAAUCGAACCCCAGUCUUCCACGUGGAACGAGGUAACGAGGAAUGUGAAUGCACUGCAAACUAAAAUGAUUUUCCAAAGAUAUCACCAGAAAGCAUCAGUGGAGUAUUUAAUAAUAAUAAACAGGUGGAAGUGCGAGAGUCAGAACAAAGUAUUUAUUAUCUGUACACUAAGAGAGGGUUCAAGGCCUCGACACCUUAACCUUUUACAGGGAGAACUACAAUAUUAUUUUCCAGUAUAAACAAACUGAAAAGAACAAAACUAUGCAUCACUGUUGCCCCGUCAUAAACUACACCAAACUGUUUACAGGACUUCAUUCAGGUUUCCACUCAUUGCGGCGCCGUCUCCUCUGGUGACUCAGCUCAGGCUUGUGUUUUAGAGACUCAGCAUUUACUGGAAGAAGAGCUGUGCUGGUUUUAAUCCGGGGACCACGUAAACUCCGUGUACACUUCAUGUUGUGUAAAGCUCCGGAUGAGAUUUUCAACUGGAAAACCUAAAAUCUGAAGGGCCUCCGUCUUCUUCAGUCUGCGGUUUCAACACCAGGUGGAGCAGAACGUCCUUCUAUUAACAUCACAGAUGAAGGAGAAAGACGCAGUAACAUGCAUUACAGAGUUUACGCCGACGUAAAACAUAGUGAAAACGGUGUGUUGUGCCUUGCUGUGAUAGUCGCCGAAUAAAUAAGUCUGCCCAGAGUAAAGGCCUUUGUUCUGAUGCUGUUGUAAAAGGGGUCAUAAAGUAAGAAUGUGUUGCUCCGGUUGUUGUGGUCAUUAAAGACAAACCGGUGUCUGCAGUUUGCUUUGUAGUUGCUUUGUGACUGAGGAGUUGUCUGCAAGCUCACUCAUAGUAUGUGGAAAAUAAAUCAUGACAAUAGUGGAAACUUCCUUUUUUAUUAUUAUUAUUAUUAUUGUACGGGCUUUAUCACAAUGAUCGUCCAAAAAUAGCAGAUUAAAAUCACAAGAAACAAACUGUUUUAGGUUUGUUUCUGUAGCUUUAACCAAACCGCAAACCACAUCAGGUUGGUUAUAAACCACACUCAUACAGGCAUUAAGUCGUUUUUUAGAGAAUAAAGCAACACCAGACCUUCAAAGAGACAUUCCUGCCAUACAGUUCCCUUUAUUACGAUGUUGUUUCCUAGACUGUGCAUCAAUUGGCUAAUUAAAAACCACCAAAACCCUCA